GGGCGGCACAAUUCAGCGCCCCUGGGCUUAUCAGGUAACUGACUUAAUUCUCAGCGUCUCCCCAAGACGGAUUAAUCUUCGCUUCCCAUCCUACUUCACACGCGCCCUUCACAGUUCCUCGCUGCCAUCACCAUGCCCAACUGGCGCGACCAGUACCUCUCAUCCCUUAAGGAUGCCGAGCUCAGCAAUCCCGUCAACAUGGACCUCGUCCAGACCUGCUCCCAGAUGGCCGAUCGCAUAUCAGCCCUCGAAGCCGAAAAGUCCUCCCUAGAGUCGCUCAUUUCCACCAGCGGGAAAAAGACCACGCAAUCCGCCGAGCCACCCUCCAACGAUCCCGGCGUCGCUCAGCUGAAACAAGAUCUCGCCGAAGCCCUGCGCUCCAAGGGCGUCACCGAAACACGAUUACGCACCGCCGAGGAGGAACUCUCCAAGCUCCGCUCCAAAUCGAAAAGCGACACGAAAUCUGUCAGAGAUUUGACCGCCGACAGGUCCUCACUCACCACCAGACUGAAAGAUCGAGACUACGAGCUGAGGGAGAAGCGGAAGCUGAUCGAGGAAGUCCAAGAUGAGAUGAUUGCGCUAAACCUCCAGAUGGCCAUGGCAGAAAAAGAGCGGGAUCGUGUUAAGAAAGAAAACAAGGAACUCAUCGACCGAUGGAUGAAGAGAAUGGCCCAGGAAGCCGAUGCCAUGAACCUCGCCAACGAACCCAUUUUCGAAAAGGGACGAUAAUACCGGCCCAUCGCUACACUUAUCCCAUCAGCACUCACGGAGGAACACGAAGGAUGCGGCAGCAUGACAAAACGAAGUGCUAUAUGGAGUAUCCUGU